AAAGGCUUGUUAUGGAGAAAGAUUAUAUAGUUGUGUACAAAUAGUGUGAAUUUUGGAUCAUAUUUACCAUGAGGCUCAAUGGUACACUGAGUGGGGAACAGAUUGAUGUUCUCUCUACAGUGUACUUAGUGUUACUCACUCCCAGUGUGAUUGGGAGUUUUUCUGUCCUAGUGGUUUCCAUAGUGAGAUGGAGACAUCUACAACAGCAGGUGCACCUCCUGGUGCAGCUUGCCCUGGCAGACCUCCUGGCUGCUUUGAUAAUGAUGUUCACCAGUGUCCUGAACAAAGUUGGAAUUGAGAACCGUGUAGACAUCUGCCGAUACAGCCUGCCGCUGUCACUGACAUUUUACUUCAUUUCAUUUCUGCUGGUGGUGGUUUACGCAUGGAAGGCAAAGAAUGCAUUCCAGGGAUGGAGAGCAAGACCAAUAGAAGAUGAGGGCGGACAGAGUCCGUGUAGAAGGAAAAUAGUAGUGAUACCUGUAUAUGCUAUGGUGUGGUUGAUCCCCUUUGCAACAUACUUAGCCUACGUGAACACUCCCUUAAUAAAACCAAGUUUGCUGAUUCCAGUCAUUGACAGAUCACUGAUCUGGGUCAUUAAUAAUAAUAGCAAGUACUGCAACAGCUGCAUUUUGUUUUUGCAUGUCUGGGGGGACUCCUGCACAGGCCCUGAGUUAAUCCAUGACAGCUUCAUCAGACUUUUUCUCGUCUUUGUUGUGAUACCAGUGAUGCUGUCUUGCUCUGUCAUGUAUUACAAGGUUGGUAAAUGGUAUGAAGAACAACAGCAUCAUGGUCUUUUUCCGGUAGAGGGAGAUGGACGUUCAAGAAAGAGAUUCAAAAGACUCUCUUCUACGGCAAGGAAUAUGGUGAUGGUCAUCUUAUUCUGUUGGGCACCAGCUCUUGUCCUCAUUCUGCUGUCUGUCCUCAUGCGAUGGAUGGCCAUUGAACAGCGCAGCCUAUUUGGCCUUUAUAUACUCCAGGCUGCCAGUGUGUCCCUGCAAGGCUUCCUGAACAGUAUGGUUUAUGCCUGGAGACGGCCAAACUUCACGGAGGCCGUUCUUGGGGAGACCACACCUCUGGUGACAAACGACCGCCUUGCCUUCUUUGAUGAAUCGCUGGGGAGUUCAUCUUGUUGAUUCUAAAAAUACUAAGAGAAACUGUUGGCACAACAUACUGGCCUGAGGAAGACUGACUGCCUGCCUGCACACUUUAUGACUACAUUACAGUUCAGACUGAAACAUUGAAUUCUGUCAUUUUUGGACUGAAGAUGAAAAAGAACAGAACAAAAAGAUGAAGGAAACACAAAGACUCUUAAAAAAACGACUGAUGCAGUGUUUUUCAUUGCAACUGCUGAAUUUGUCAUGUAAUAAAGUCAUAGUAGCAUAUUGUAGCAUAUUUUUCAGGAUUUCUGGAGAAAAAAUUAUAAUUAUAUUGUAUUUAUAUGCGCUAUUAAUGUGCUGCUUCAUCUGAGAUUUAAAAGAUGUUAUGGAGAAUUAUGGAAUUAUUGUGGUGUGUGAUUCUUAUGUUUCAUCAAAUGUAUUUUUAUUGUUUAAAAAGGUGCUUUGUAACCAGUUUUUUUUUUUACAGUCCCUCAGUACUCUGUGGCUCAAGAUAAGAAUGAUGGAAAACCUGUCAGGGUUGAAAACCUUGCCGUCACUGUAAUUUCAGAAGCACAUGUCACACAUGAGAAUAUAGAGUUCAAUCUCAGGAGCACUGAACAUGACAAGAGAAGGAACACAGUGUCUGCUUUGUCAUGUAUGUGUGCAGCCACAACUGUUAACUUAUCUCAUAAAAAAUAAUGUGAGGUUGUGCAACUGAGGUCUCACACAAGACAUUUCUGAUAUAUGGUCUCACACACACAAACACAGGCACGGGCACAAGGAUCAGCACACUCUCAUGUUAUAGUACGUUAAACUCCGUGACCAUGUUUUAGCAUGUGCGUCUUUCCUUGAACUGAACUCUCUGUUAAUGGUUGACAGACUGCUGGCCGACGUGUCUUGGCUUGAGUAAGUGAUCACCUGACUCACUCAUUUAUCUACUGUACUGUAAAACAGGCUUGAUAUUCAGUUAUGACUGUGCACAGUUUAUAUGGCCUUUGCUGAAGGCCAUAUAGUCAAUGACAGGGGUUUAAUUCAUGUGAUAAAACAUAAGGUUUGUAGAUAAGACCAGGUUUGGUCAACAAUCUAACAAACGCUCUGUUGAAUCAGACAGACAAAAACACACUUAGAGAUGAAUUUGAGAUACUGGACAUCUGUCA